UCCUCCUCGUGAUCUCCCGCUCUGCAACACGACAACGACGGGUCCCAGUCUCCUCCCUGCAAAAUUAAAAAAAGAAGAGGAGAAAAUGCCGACUUCUUCAAUUUAAGGCGACGAAUCAACCAGUAAACUAUGGGGUUUUCUUUAUUUUAGUUCUUCAAUUCGUGUUUAUUGAUACCCGCGAACUCCAUUUUUUUAUAUGCUCCCAUCAUUGACUCCUUCUCCGUGUAACUUCUCUUUCUCGGAUACGAGAAUCUGGUGUCAAAGGCAAAGACGGUUUUGUUCUUUUGAUUGGAAAUGAAGUGUUUUCAUUUCACGAAUGGCGAGAGGAGGGGGGAGGAGGAAGACGGCGUCGUUUCCCGGACGUCGAGAGUGUCUUGGGCUCGGUCUCUGAGCGUGGCGUCUAGCACCGCCGUGGAUACCAGACGGUCAGAGUUCGAUUCCGAGUCCAGGGACUUCUCCGAUUCGGUUGGGUUCUACGAGUUGCUGUAUCAGCGCCGGGCAAAUGAUCUGCGGGUUUUUACCUUCGCGGAGCUCAAAUCUGCUACCAAAGGGUUCAGCCGAGCGCUGCUGAUCGGCGAAGGAGGGUUUGGGUGCGUGUACAGAGGCGUCAUCAGCGUUGUUGACGAGGAUGGAACCGAGUGUCCUGAUUCGAAGAUGGAUGUAGCCGUUAAACAGUUGAAUCGCCUCGGUUUCCAGGGGCAUAAGGAAUGGAUCAAUGAGGUGAACUUUCUGGGCAUUGUCAAACAUCCCAAUCUGGUGAAGUUAGUUGGGUAUUGUGCAGAAGAUGAUGAGAGAGGGAUGCAGAGGUUGCUAGUUUACCAGCUUAUGCGCAACAAAAGCUUGGAGAACCAUUUAUUGGCUCGAUUACCGACACCACUCCCGUGGAUGACAAGAUUAAAGAUUGCUCAAGAUGCGGCUCGUGGUUUAGCAUACCUGCAUGAAGAAAUGGAUUUUCAGCUAAUAUUUCGAGAUUUCAAAACGUCAAACGUUCUUCUCGAUGAGAACUUCAAUGCAAAGCUCUCGGACUUUGGAUUGGCUAGGCAGGGGCCUCCUGAGGGAUCUGACCACGUUUCGACAACAGUUGUAGGCACAGUCGGUUAUGCUGCUCCAGAGUAUGUACAAACCGGCAGGCUGACUGCCAAGAGUGAUGUUUGGAGCUUUGGGGUUGUCCUAUACGAGAUCAUCACAGGAAGACGAGUCCUCGAGCAAAACCUACCUCGGAAUGAGCAGAAGCUCUUGGAAUGGGUGAGGCCGUAUGCAUCUGACUCGAAGAAAUUCCACCUCAUUGUAGACCCACGGCUUGAAGGACAGUAUUGCAUCCAAUCAGCUCAGAAACUUGCAUCCUUGGCCAAUAAAUGUCUGAUGAAACAGCCAAAAUCCCGUCCGAAAAUGAGUGAAGUUGUCGAGAUGUUAGGAAGCAUCAUUAGUGAGUCUUCAUCCCAAGACGAAGCCACACCCGAGCCCAACAGUGAAACAGAAAUUAUAAAUGAAGAAAUUGAAGCGGAAACGGCAGGGGGGUCUAACAAACAAGGGAAUAAUUAUCUGAAGAGAGUUUUGGAUAUCAGAGAAAUGAUGAAUCUAAGAAACAAGUCCAUUGGAAAAUUGGACUGGAGAAGUUGGACUCCUGGGUUGGUAAGGACUUGGUGAUGAUUGAUUACCGUUGUUUUUCCGCCGGAGAACUGCUUUGAGUUAGAAAAAAGAUUAUGAGGUUUCGGUUGGAGCUGUCCUUCUCUCUCCAUGUUUUCUUGUGGGAGGUGGUUGUAAAUAUAGGUUUCAAAGGAAGAACGAACCUGAAUAUUUGAGGCAAUGUAGGUUUCUCUUCUGCAUUUUCAAAUCUCUAAUUUACAUGUAUAGUGUCAGACUAUAUAAAUCUUGCAUUUGCUUUUGAA